CUAUAUCAGUAUCACUGAUGUAUCAAUGACAAUAGUCACAAUAUCAUUUCAUUUUCAUUACUUAGAGUUAGAACUUAGACUAGUUAGACAAAAGUCACAAAGUGAAACUCUAAUAGAGUCUAGAGUAUUUAAUCUAGAGUGAAUCCAGUCAGUCAGUGAAGUGACUUCAGUGAGUCACUCCAGUCCAGACACUCCAACUCCAGUUCAAAAGUGUCUAAAGUCACUAAAGACUAAGAUAUUUACCAUUCAUGAAAUUUACAAGAUCCACAGAUUGUGACACUGUGACAGGUCCUUGGCAUUAGACUAUCUAGCUUCUAGACUAUAGAUUUCUAUGGAUGAUCAAGGUGCAAACAAAGAUGAUGCAUUGGAGUCCACCCCACCUCCAGUCAUUUCUGAAACAGCUUCUUCAGAUGAUCAUUUGACUGUUCAGCGUGAAAAUGAAGCUGCUUCAAACAUUGAUUCAGUUGCAGCUUCCAAUGAAAUGGAACUUUCACCUGCGGCUUCUAAUUUAAAACAUUCCAAUGUUAUAGAUAACAAACUCACCUCACCAGAAUAUGAUCAACAAGGAGAACAUGCCGAUGGAACUCCACAAUCAGAAACAAGCUCAUCAUCAGAAAAAAAUGUGCCGUCCAACCAUCUACCUGAACAGUUUUCCCCUUCGCUUGACCAGCUGGGUACCAGUUUAACAUCCAGUCCUAAAUCGUCUAGUUCUGGCCAGGAUAGCGGCCUUAGUCCUGAUGACUCUGGCUUCGAUAUCUCUAAAACCCAAAGCUGUGAUGAACCGAGUAAAGAACCCCAGACAACAAAGGCACAGAAGGAGCAGGACACUCAGUCUGAGAAGGUUAAUAUAUCUGGAGGUAGUCUUAACAGUGCAUCGCCUGACACCACCACUUCAGCUUCUGAAACCCAAGUAACAGUCUCAGAUCUUGAAUCCCCAUCUGCUGAAAAUGUGGCUGCUGAGCCAUGCUCAGCCCUGACCAAGAGUGACCAGGAAAGUGUCUAUUACAUUAAAUGGAUUACAUUUGGUCAGAACAAUGUGCCCAUUAUUACUCAGAAUGAGAAUGGCCCUUGUCCACUUCUUGCUAUUAUGAAUGUUCUGUUAUUAAAAGGAAAGGUAAAAUUAGCUCCAAUGCUAGAAAUGAUCACGUCAGAACAGUUAAUGACACAUUUAGGGGAAUGUAUUUUGGACAACAUGCCUCAGAAUUUAUCUCAAACUAGUCAAGCCAAUUACGAACAGAAUAUGCAAGAUGCCAUGUCAGUCAUGCACAAACUACAAACUGGUUUAGAUGUCAAUGUCAAGUUUACAGGUGUUGCAGACUUUGAGUACACGCCAGAACUUAUUAUAUUUGACCUACUGGAGAUAUCCCUCUACCAUGGUUGGCUGGUGGACCCCCAGGACUCUGAGACAGUGAAGAUUGUCAACCAGGACAGUUACAAUCAGCUGGUGGAGAAAAUAAUUUUCCUGAAACACGCUGACAAUCAGGAGGAUGUAACUCAAGCUUUGAUAGCUGAGCAAUUCCUGGACAGAACUGCCUCUCAACUUACAUACCAUGGACUGUGUGAGCUGGCAUCUGUGGUCAAGGAAAAUGAACCUUGUGUUUUUUUCAGGAACAACCACUUCUCUACACUUUAUAAACACAAUAAUGAAAUGUUUCUGCUUGUCACAGAUCAAGGGUUUCUGACUGAGAGCAAUGUGGUUUGGGAGACACUCUCCACUGUGGAUGGAGACUGUCACUUCACUGACGCCACUUUCAGGACAUUCACUAAACAAGCAGCCUCCAUAGAAGUCAUCCCUGACCCUGCUGUACCUGUGGGUAGCCCGGAACAAAUUGAUCAUGAUUACCAGGUGGCGCUGUACCUACAGGAAGAGGCCAGUGCAGACUUGAACCCAGCAUGGGGUGGAGGAUACACCCAGGACAUGUCGACAUUAGCUCAGUAUGACCAUGACCUUGCCUUGAGGCUACAGGAAGAAGAAGACAAGAGGGAACGAGCAGAACAGCAGAGGAUUGCCCAGGCAGCAGGUGGAGGGGGAUCCCAGCCUGUCGGCUUUGUCCGUGGGCCCCCGUCAGACAGCCAGCAGAGAAGAGGUGGGGACAGGGAGGAGAGGAGAGCAGAAAAAGAGAAGAAUGUGAGUUGUAUUUGCCAUAUUCUCUGACCAGCAUCCAUUCUGUGAUGGCCACUAUUGAUCAGCUGUGCAACAUAUUUGCUGUGAUUUUUUUUACUUUGUGAUACAUUUCUUCAAGUAGCUUCCACAAUGUGAGAUCCACCUCCAGAACAAGUGGUUCUCAAGGCAAUGAGCAAGGAACCUAGAUUUUAAAUUUUGUAUUGUUUUUAAAUAAUACUGUGAAUCAGUGUUUGGGGGUUUAUUUUUCUUAUAUUUCAGACUUUGUUGGUUGUAUACAUUUGUUUGUUGAGGACUAUUUGUAGUGCAUUAUGGGCAAAAGUCAAGGUCAUUAGCAAUGCAUUAUGAGUAGAUGUUGAAGCUGUAAUUUGAUUAUGUUAGUGUGUCUUUAAAUUUGUACAUAGUAGUGAGUAUAUCACAAGUUGUGCUUUCAAGUCUUAUCAACUUACCAUGAAUUUUGUACAAAAAAACAACAACUAUAAAAUAACAAGCUAAUUCUGUAGGGAUGUAAAUAUGUACAUUUGAAAGAGAAAUUCACUUAUUUAUAAGGUCACAAAAAACCUAAAGAUUACAUCAAGCUAAAGGAUUUCUUGUGUCAGAUUUAGAUAUAGAAAAUAAGGACUCUAGUGUAAUUGAAAGUUCAUGGUUGCCCUGUAACUUAGUCUUAAUAGGAUUUGAACACAGCAUCACAGGAGUUGCUUGCCUGUAAUAAUGCACUACAAAUAAAACAAACCUAUAUAUAUCUAUAUAUUUUACUUUUACACAUAAAAUCAUCUUGAUAAUCAAGUUCUUUUAUACAAAUCUUUUUAAAAAAAAAUGUUUUGUUAUUAGUGUGAGCUGGCGAUGAAAUUUGCAUCAAAGCUGCUUGAUUACUUUUUUUUUUUUGAAUGUUCUAAAGGACAGUUUGAUGGAAUACACUUGCCAGUCAUUUCAUGUGCACAGGCCCGCUUAUGUAUGGGACAUAGAGAUGUCUUUUUAAAAACGCCAUUGUUACCCAUUCCACAUUUUAAUUUAUUGUUCACCAUGUACUAUGUAUCUUAUGGACUUGAAAAGAUGCUAGAAAUAUUUUAUUUUGAACUAUGAAGUAGCAGUGAUGUUUAGAUUGUUCAUAAUUAAAAUUAAAUUAUGGCUUUUAUAUAGCACUACUUUCAUGCUUAUAGCAUGCUCAGAGCGCUUUUAUAGCAUGCUCAGAGCGCUUUUGGUCCAAUCUCAGUUGUGGACAAGUGGGGGGGAGAGGGUAUCUAGAAGGUUUUUCCAUGCUGCCUUUAGGCACUCAGUAAACACAAUUCUGCCCAAGUCGGGUGUCGAACCUCGAGCCCCCUUCCUAGGCAGCCGAGCCAAGCUAAGUUCAAGCGCACUCAGCCUCUCGACCAUGCUUCCAAAAUAAGUAAAUAUUUUAGUUGGUAUUGUGGCUGGUGAGACCUAUGUGAGCCCGAAAUGUUUGGAUACACAUUGGGCAGGUUAUUCCAGCUGGAGCUUGUGUCAGUCGUCUUGAUGUUUUUAUCUUGCGCCAGCGCUGUUCUCUUGUCCUCUGCAAUUUGGGCGCCAGUUUUCACAGCCCAACCCAAACACCCCCCCCCCCCCCCAAUGAUGGUCUAUCAUGUGCUUCCAUCUCCCUGGUGGCAGAGUCAAUUUUGAAGGCUUUCAGAGUCAUUCUGAAGGUGGCCCUAAAGAGUUUUGUCCGCUUUGUUAUCGCUUCCCUUUUUUUAAUUGAUCAUAAAAAAGUUUUAGGGAUGCAGAAGUCUUCCAUUCUGCAGACGUGGCCUGUCCAUCACAGUUGAGGCUGCAUCAGGAUUGUGUGGAUGCUUUGCAGUCCUGCUCUUCAGAGGCACUUCAGUGGCAGUUAUUUUUUCUUGCCAUUUAACAUUCAGUAUUUUUAUGAGGCACAAUAAUGCAGGUCAAAACCCUCAGCCCCCUGGAUGACAAAAGUGGUCAUCAUCAAAUCACCAUUUAUAUAUUAGUUUAUUUUAGGCAUAUAUAUGGUGGUAGAGUAGUGCAGUGUUUGACUUCUGAAUCAAGAUCUUGGGUUUCAUUCCUAGUUAAGGCUCUGCCCGAAUCUAAUUAGUAUGGUAAGUGACUUUGGCCAAAAAAAAAAUCUGAAAGUGGUGGUGCUGUCCUCAUGUCAUCCUCAUUAACUGUUGACCAUACAAAAAAAAAACAAUCCACAUAAUCCAAUGGACAUUUAGGUCUCCAGGGAAACUUUUUCUAUUUCUUGACUAGAGUAAUGUGAAACAAAUAGUGCCCCUGUGUUAUAAAAACAUUUUGGCUAGACAAUAACACACAGAGAUACAUCCACUUGUGUGUCCCUGGAGUAUAUCUAUUUUUUUUUUUAUUUGAUUCACCAAUAACAAAGAAAAUAAAAUAAAAAUAGGUCAUCAGCUAAACCAAAUAUUUCUAUAAAAACUAUAAGUGGAGUGUUUUUUGUAGUCUAAAUGUCUACUUAUAUAUAUGUCACUAAAUAUCUUUAGUAUUCUGUAAGGCACAUCAUUAAUUAAUGGGUUUGGAAGUAAAUUUUUUUUAAUUAGCUUAGAGACAAGUGUUCUUUAAUUUAGAUUAGAAGCAAUUAAACAUUUCUAGGAACUGAGUUAUCCCACAACCUUUAAAGUAUGUCUUGUUUGUUGCAGACAAAAGUAAUAGAAAUAUGAAAUGUCUGAACUAGUUGUACUCAGUUUGCUUUGUGAUACAUAGCUAUGCCAUCAAAAUGAAACUUGGACAAUGCUAUUCAAAAUGUCUCUAUAUUUCUUUUUUCUUUAUUUUCUAAAUUUUCUGUGUCCAGAUUGGCCUUCAGAAGCCAAAAAAAAAACCAUUAAUAGCAUAGUUUGAUAGUUUAUUAUAAAUAUCUUGAUGUGGAGAAUUUGUUUUUGACUCCAAAGACUUGGUUUUUAAUUCUUUUUUAAAGUAUUAUUUUGUAUGGUGUGUAUUAGCUAUCUAUAUAAAUCAAUACUAACUCUUUAGCUAUCUUUAAUACAAUUAAAUAAUGAAAAUAGCCCAAGAUAAGAAAAAAAAAACUAGUUAUAAAAUGCAACUAAUUUACUAAAUACAAAAAAAGUAAUAUUAUAAUAAAAUUCUUUGGUUUUAUUCAUAUUGAAAUUGAUUUUAUGUUUUUUAAAUUUAUUACUGGUGCUCUUUAUAUUUUUGUAAAAAUACCUCUAUUCAAUUUGUAACUUUGUGGAAACAGAAACUGGGUGGGUGGACGCAAUUCUCAAAAACGGCUCUAAUGAUAAUUCUAGAAAUUUGACAGUUGCUGUAUAUCGUUGGGAAAAGAAUUACUAAAAUGUUCUUUUCUUUUAAAAUUUAACAAUCAUUAAUUAUUAAGAGAAAAAUGUUCGCUCUAUAAGUUCUAUAAAGGCUCUAAUGAUAAUUCUAGAAAUUUGACAGUUGCUGUAUAUCGUUGGGAAAAGAAUUACUAAAAUGUUCUUUUCUUUUAAAAUUUAACAAUCAUUAAUUAUUAAGAGAAAAAUGUUCGCUCUAUAAGUUCUAUAAAGGAGGUAUUGUCUUUUAAAAAAACAUUAUUUUUGAUGUUUAUAGAUUUGUUUACUAAGAUGUGCUAGAAAGAAAGGCUAUUUUAUUUCUCUGUUUGUUUCCUUGCUGAUUUUAUCACAAACUCUCCAUGAAUAUGCAAGACAAGAUGUUCCAGUAUUAGAGGCACAGUUUUUACACAUUUUUACUUGUCAAAUUUUUUUUGUAUGUAAACAUUGUUACAAUUAGCAUGUCAUCUGUAUGCCUUUAGAUUCAAUACUUUCAUAUAUCACCUUAUUAGUAUCAAGUUUUAAAUAUGCAUGUUUUGCAUUUACAUUAAUAUCACCACUGUGACAACCAAUGUUUAGUCUUUCUUCCAUUUGAGUGUAUCACUUCUCUUAACCUGUAUUUGGUACUUUUGGUCUGGGCAGAUGGCCUAAGACUAAGACUGCUUUAUUUCCUUAUAGGAAAUUUGUUAUGAUUAUAAGAUUUUUUAAUAUUCUUUUUUUUUUUUACUAAGAACCACAACUGAUUGAGGACUUGUUUUACUGCUGCUGUCAUGUGAUUGGCUACUUUUUGCUACUUUAGUUAAAAUAGAAACUGUUUUAUUCUCAAAUAUUCCUGUGGUCACUGAUGUGUGUGGCUCUGUGUGUGUGUGCAUUGGAUUUGUAUAGAAAAAGUGGUCAUAACCUUUUUAGGGAUACAGUUUAGUGGUCAUAAAUUUUUUUAGCAACAAAAAUUAGUGGUCAUAAUGUUUUUAGGAUAUAACUUACUGGUCAUAACUAUUUUUUAGGGGCAUAACUUAGUGGUCAUAACAUUUUAGUUUCAAAACUUUUUUUUUUUUUUUUUUGUGUCAAGGAAAUUGUGUAUGCUAUAAACUGUUAAUAAAAAAAAAAAUGACCAAUUAUUGUAAUGAAACCCAUAUGACUAAAUACUGUAAUUAUCUGUCUUAUAAAUUGCAGAUGUUUCUAUACUGAUUCAGGCAACCUGUUUUCUUACUUAAAAGUUUGCCUUAGCAUAGUGAACAAGACCUAAAUAUCUAACCCAAUCUCAUUCUGAGAUAUUUUAAUCAUUUAUGUUUUUAUUAUUAAUGAGCUACUAUUUAGUGUUUCUAUAGUAUUGCGACUUACUUUGUAAUCUUCUGUUUUGUUAAUGACAAAACUCUAUGACUAUAAACUGGUAAUAACUACAUGAUCUAAGCCUGGUAAUAACUGUAUGAUCUUAGCUUGGUAAUAACUGUAUGAUCUUAACCUGGUAAUAACUGUAUGAUCUUAACCUGGUAAUAACUACAUGAUCUAAGCCUGGUAAAAACAGUUUGAUCUUAGCCUGGUAAUGGCAAAGCUUUAAAGCCAUAAAUUGUUAAGGUCUGAUUUGUGUGACCAUAAACUGUCAGUGAAAAAUAGACUGUCAAGAAGCAUUAUUUAUUUUUUUUGAACCCAGUUAUAUUUUUGAUUAUUUAUCUGACUUGGUAGUGGUAGAUUUAUUUCUAGUUAGUUUCUGAUGUGUAGAUAGGAAUGAUUUCAGCAUUUAUUUCUAUUCAAAACUCUUUGCUGGUUCCUAAGUGGUUGUUUGUAUAUGUUUAGACUUUCUGAAGGACUAUAUUUCUUUUGUUUCAUUUAUCUGCUGCUACAACUUGGAUCCAAAAUUUUCUUUCCCUCCAAAAUUUGAAUUCCAAUGAUGUUGACUGGCUUACUAGUGGUCAGUUCUGAUUCCUUGGCUCUGAAGGAUCCCAAAGUUAGUGGCUAUACUUUGAACAGCAGAAACCAAAGCUUUAAAUAAAUUAAUCUUAAAUUCCACAAUUUUAAAAAUAAUCUAAAUUAAAUUGAACAUUUUAAUGAGUUAAUUUUACAGACAUCUCUGACAGAAUCAUUCCCUUAUAUCAGUGGUUCCCAAGCUUUUUCCUUAUUGAAGCACUUCGCACAUUUUAAGUAUGUAGCUUAUUUUUUUCAAGAGAUUAAUUCAGGUGGUGGCCAACUAGUUAAGUAUUCCAGAAGUUUGUGGAACACCUAUUCGGAACCCCAUGAAACACUAUGGUUCUGCGGAACGCAGUUUGGGAACCACUGCCUUCCAUCAACUGUGUCACUUUGAAUUUGUUAGAUGUGUUUGACAUUGAACUGGCUUCUAAUAGACAAAAAUACUUUGCCCACAAUCUCUUCAGGAGACUUAGUGUUAAGCAAUAGAAGAAUGGUUUCCUGGGAUUUUGUAGAGAGGUAGCCGAGUGGUAAAUGACUUGGCUUCAUAAACCAAGGGUCUUAAGUUCAAAUCUCAGUGAAGACUUGGAUUUUGAGCUUCUGGAUUCUUAGGAUGUCCCUGAGUGUACACAACUCUAAAGGGUAACUGGCAUGUUGAAGGCAAAUAAAGGCAAAUCAUUGAGCUGGCCACCAGACACCCUUGUUAGCCAUUGGACAUAGAAACAGAGGAAUUAGCAUCAUCUACCCACAUUAAUCAUUAGGUCUGAAGUUUUUUUGUUUUUUUUUAACAAUUGGAUUUAUCAAUUAUUUAUUAUACUGGAAAACCUCAUUCUGGUGCAAUAGGGCAGUGGCUUAGUGAUAGUCACUUGUCUGUUGAACUGAGAAUUCUGGGUUUGUAUCCUGAUUCGACUAAAACUUUUAAUCAUUGAGAUUUUAGAACUUUCCUAAGUACAGGCAGUUCUAAUAGGCACUUAAGUGGGGGAAAGUGAAACUGGUUGGUCAUUGUGCUGGCCACAUAGUACACUAGUCAACCAUUGCUCACAGAAAUGUACUCCAUCUGCUCUACUGUUCUUGAAAUGAGAUCGUUUUUUUCUCUUGCACUCGCCUCUAGCAAUGAUCAAACUAAAACUAAAGUUAACUAUUGGCUGCUAUUCUUCUGGGUUCAAGGUUGUAUUUGUUUUGAUGAGAUUUUGUUUUCUGCGCCUUGAAAGAUCCAAGUCAUAAGAUACCAUUGAAUACACUGGGACAUGUUCAUGAAUGUAUUUAGCAGACGUGACUCCUUGCCAGAUUUUUGUUUUGUUUUUGUUUAAGUCUUCCCUUUGGUUGUCAAAUUUUAUCUUUAAUAUGGCUAUUGUAUAUAGAUUUCUCAAAUUUAAUGUCAUUUUUUUUCAUCUAUUUAUUAGCAAUAAACAAAAAAUCUAUGGGAAGAA